UAGAGCGGGCGCUGUGGGAGGGAACGCCAGAGCGAGGUGGUGAGGAGAGCUGGUUGCGUGAGUCUCCGCAGCUCCGCUUCCCGGUGCGACUAGCGGCAGCGACGCAGCUAAAAGCGAAGGGGCGAGUGCGAGUCCCUUGAGCUGUACGAGCGCGGUCGCCAUGGACCGCCCAGAUGAGGGGCCUCCGGCCAAGACCCGCCGCCUGAGCAGCUCCGAGUCUCCACAGCGCGACCCGCCCCCGCCGCCGCCGCCGCCGCCGCUCCUCCGACUGCCGCUGCCUCCACCCCAGCAGCGCCCGAGGCUCCAGGAGGAAACGGAGGCGGCACAGGUGUUGGCCGAUAUGAGGGGGGUGGGACUGGGCCCCGCGCUGCCCCCGCCGCCUCCCUAUGUCAUUCUCGAGGAGGGGGGGAUCCGCGCAUACUUCACGCUCGGUGCUGAGUGUCCCGGCUGGGAUCCUACCAUCGAGUCGGGGUAUGGGGAGGCGCCCCCGCCCACGGAGAGCCUAGAAGCACUCCCCACUCCUGAGGCCUCCGGGGGGAGCCUGGAAAUCGAUUUUCAGGUUGUGCAGCCCAGCAGUUUUGGUGGAGAGGGGGCCCUAGAAACCUGUAGCGCAGUGGGGUGGGGGCCCCAGAGAUUAAUUGACCCAAAGAGCAAGGAAGAGGCGAUCAUCAUAGUGGAGGAUGAGGAUGAGGAUGAGCAGGAGAGUAUGAGGAGCAGCAGGAGGAGGCGGCGGCGGAGGAGGAGGAAGCAGAGGAAGGUGAAGAGGGAAAGCAGACAGAGAAAUGCUGAGAGGAUGGAGAGCAUCCUGCAGGCACUGGAGGAUAUUCAGCUGGAUCUGGAGGCGGUGAACAUCAAGGCAGGCAAGGCCUUCCUGCGUCUCAAGCGCAAGUUCAUCCAGAUGCGAAGACCCUUCCUGGAGCGCAGAGACCUUAUCAUCCAGCAUAUCCCAGGCUUCUGGGUCAAAGCAUUCCUCAACCACCCCAGAAUUUCAAUUUUGAUCAACCGUCGUGAUGAAGACAUUUUCCGCUACUUGACCAAUCUGCAGGUACAGGAUCUCAGACAUAUCUCCAUGGGCUACAAAAUGAAGCUGUACUUCCAAACAAACCCCUACUUUACAAACAUGGUGAUUGUCAAGGAGUUCCAGCGCAACCGCUCGGGCCGGCUGGUGUCUCACUCAACUCCAAUCCGCUGGCACCGGGGCCAGGAACCCCAGGCCCGCCGUCAUGGGAACCAGGAUGCGAGCCACAGCUUCUUCAGCUGGUUCUCAAACCAUAGCCUCCCAGAGGCUGACAGGAUUGCUGAGAUUAUCAAGAAUGAUCUGUGGGUUAAUCCUCUACGCUACUACCUGAGAGAAAGGGGCUCCAGGAUAAAGAGAAAGAAGCAAGAAAUGAAGAAACGUAAAACCAGGGGCAGAUGUGAGGUGGUGAUCAUGGAAGACGCCCCUGACUAUUAUGCAGUGGAAGACAUUUUCAGCGAGAUCUCAGACAUUGAUGAGACAAUUAAUGACAUCAAGAUCUCUGACUUCAUGGAGACCACUGACUACUUCGAGACCACUGACAAUGAGAUAACUGACAUCAAUGAGAACAUCUGCGACAGCGAGAGCCCUGACCACAAUGAGGUCCGCAACGAGACCACUGAUAACAACGAGAGUGCUGAUGACAACGAAACCACUGACAACAAUGAGAGUGCAGAUGACAACAAUGAGAACCCUGAAGACAACAACAAGAACGCUGAUGACAACGAAGAGAACCCUGACAACAACGAGCACACUUAUGGCAACAACUUCUUCAACGGCGGCUUCUGGGGCAGCCAUGGCAACAACCAGGACAGCAGCGACAGUGACAAUGAAGCAGAUGAGGCCAGUGAUGAUGAAGAUAAUGAUGGCAAUGAAGGUGACAAUGAGGGCAGUGAUGAUGAUGGCAAUGAAGGUGACAAUGAAGGCAGCGAUGAUGAUGACAGAGACAUUGAGUACUAUGAGAAAGUUAUUGAAGACUUUGACAGGGAUCAGGAUGACUACGAGGAUGUGAUAGAGAUCAUCUCAGACGAAUCAGUGGAAGAAGAGGAGGGCAUUGAGGAAGGUGAGCUAACCCCUGCCCCCAACCCUUGUCUUCCGUCUUCUUCUCUUUCAGAGCAAGCCUGGCCAAGGACAGGGUAUCAAGGCAUGAACACAAUCUGCUUUCAUGGAGGAAAGAAAAAGCAUUCUGAGCAACUUUCUAAACAAAGGAAGUCCAGUGAACAUUUAACUUAAAAAUGUAACAAAACCCUAAAAAAUCAUUUUAGUUCCAGGUGAUGGGUAGAUGGUUGUAACAUCGAAAGAUGAAGAGUACACAGAGAUAGGAGACAGUGGGUGGAAAACUAAAAAGGACACUUCACAUCGAGGUGGGGGAGUGGCAAAACACAGUGCAUUUCAGCACAGUCUGUACCCAGCCUUGGCCUUUGGCGAAUUCCCAGGCUUGUGCUGGGAGCAGAGCAUGAAGUGAACAGUGUGCUCUCUGAGCCCAGAAAAGGGUGCAGCCAGUUCUACCUCAAGAGUUGGGGGAGGGGGGCGGGGGAGAGCUAGAGGAAGAAGGUGACAUCUGAAUUGGAGGCUGCAUUCACACUGAGGCGCAUUAUGGAGCAUUCUCAGUGGAGUGGAUCGUGUGAACAAGGACUUGGAAGGGUGAAAAUGCAUGGUAUUUUGGGCAGGGUUUCCAAAAUUACGUCCUGAGGAUCAUUCACCAGAUCCGAAAGCUGCUUCCCACAAAAGGUUUCAGUGGUCGUAUAUGUUGGACAAGUACUACAUAUAAUAAUGCCCUCUUGUAGAGUCACAUUAGCACCUUAAAGGCUCUGAGAACAACAUCAGAAUUAUAAAGAUGCUGAGAAGUACUCAGAUGGGAGGUGGAAGGGGCAGGAAAAUCAACCACUCUUGGGUUUUUUUUUUUGGCCAUGGGGUCCCUGGCAAACUUCCAUUGAGGGCAAGGCCAGGGCACUAAGGGAAGAGGUAUUGAAUGAAUGUGGAGCCUCAAUCUAGUCGUGUUCAGGUAGGAGAGGGAAACGGAUUCUCAGUUCUCUUCCCCUCCCACCUGAUGGCAUCUCUUCUCUCAGAGAAGGGGAGGCAGAGCUGUCUGCCCAGCCCUAAGGGUGGGAGUGGGGGUGGGGAAUUGGGUUGAAGAACACAGACUGGGGCCUGUUUGGAUCAGGACUGGGGGAAAGGAGCAAGGAAGCUGCCUGGAGAUGAAUAGGUUUAUUCAGCUGAGGUCGGAGCUCAGGAAGAGACACACAUUGAUGAGUACAAGGGGGAGAAAAAGCUACUAUCAGAGAUGUAUCAGUUUUGACUGGACGGAAGCAGGGAGCCCACACUGCCUACCUGCCUCCCUCCAACUCCCUCAUUCUGUGGGCUUAUGAGUAUACCCACACACACUUUUGGCUGUUUGUUCCAAGCAGAGGCACUCGGCAAGUUGUCCCAGGCCCUACAAGCUCUGGCUAUGGGCUCUGUUCCCUUUUAGAGUGACACCUAUCUGCUCAUCUAACUGCCUUCCUCCAUUUCUCCUUCCUUCCU